AUGGAGGCCAGAACCCUGGAAGAGGAAAAGGAGAUGGCGUGUCCUCGGCAACCUCCUCUUCCAACCCAUCGUGCGGGAUCACUACAUCCCAGUCUUCGACUGGCAACCGAGCUCCUACAAGGAGUACCGCAGUAUUUCAAGAAGAUGUCUCUUGCGAACAAGAAGGCUGAGGCGACGAUCAACCUGCUGACCUCCCUUGCUGGCCCUGUGUGGAAGCAGGUCGAGCACCUUGCUGACUCCGCUCCGGAUGACGAGAACGUUUUCAACCUCGUGCUGCAGGAGCUGGAUCGUACCCUGAUCCAGUACUGCUCCGACCACAGAGAAUUGGAGCGACAUGACGUCAAGCUCCCCGAUCCGGUUGGUGGAUGGCUGCUCUUGAGAAGGGCUGCACUCACCGCUGAGCAGCGACAACUGGCGAUGAGCCAAGUGGACAACAAGAAGCCAGACGACUGGGGCAAAUGGUCACCGUUGCAGAACUUCACAAGCCGCAGUCCGGAGGCCCUCGAAGUCCUCCAUGCUACGCGGGACUACCACCACCACACGCACCUGAAGUUCGUGAGGAGCUUUUUCUUCGUAUGGCCCCACUCCGGUAAUCGUCGAUCAAUGCGCCCUCGGCGCUGUCUCCCGAACAAGCAAGGCGAGAUGGCUCCGAUUCAGAAGACCACGCGCCGUGCGAUCAAUCAUGGUCUUCUGGCAGAGACGCUGGGCGUCUACCGCUGUGACGGUGCCCACCGGCACCAGUCGGUCAUAGGAACAUGCUCCAUGAUGGGUCAAGGGCCCGGCCUGCUGCUGAGUAUCAGCAGCAUGUGUGUCCUGAUUGCGGAGGCCCUUCAAGGCGCCUACUACGCCCACUUCGUGUCCGGCAACGCGACUAUUGAAGAGGCCACACCGGCCUCUGACGUGGACUUGGACAUGGAGGAGUACGAGUGCUACACCGGAACCUGGGUCACACCCCAGCAACAGGGACCUCAAGAUCGUCUUGGCCCAAAGUGGGGCAGUCGUCUGGUGACAGAGACGGUGCCCAAGACUCCUCUCCGCACCACCCCCCGAGCUGGACAAGACCACCCCGGUGCUGACUACGAUGGAUGCUGGGUCCACAUCUUCGGUCCUCCCACGAACCUCCUUGUCGACAGCCACCGUUCUCCGCGCCGAGCUGUGGAACUCUACUUGGAGGACCACCCACCGACUGCCGACUGUGGCACCGAAAGCCUCAUUGAGGCUUUGUCGUUCGCGGUUCCUCAGCUGAACCAGACGCUUUGUGUCGGCGGCGUCAGUCCAACAAACACAGUGGGUACCGCCCUCCGCACUCGCUGGAAAGGACCAGCCCUCACUGAGUCAAAGCGGGGCCCUGGUCAGCCGCCCAACGUGCACUGGCUCGUGCACGGCACACGGCCCCGGAACAUGUCCGUCGGGAUCUGGACGGACACCACGGCUGCCGACACGCCGGCCCUGCAUUCGAUGAUCCGCAAGGUCCAAUGCCCCACAACCACCGCAAUUUUCCGGGCCCUGCUACGCCUGGACAGCCGCUGUGCGGCCCUCCGCCGCCUCAGCCUGUCAACCGUCCCCUCUCUGGUGGACUCGGCAAGCCCGACCUUGUCUAGACUUGGGCGGACCACUUUGAUGUCCCUGGCGACCCUGGGCUGGGAUACCUUCAUCGCGGACAUCACCACCGCUUGCCUCCAAGGAAAGGAGGAUGCCGCCUCCCGGACACUUUGGAUCCGCCUUCCGGCUAUGCCCGACAACUACUCGGCAUCACCGGCUCGAGUUCUUAUGAACACGAGGAUCGACGCGCCACUACCACCUCCUCGACUGGACUACCGCAUCAAUGGAUCCGAUGGGUGCUUCACCUGGCCCAAUCCUUGUGUUUUGGUCACCGAUGCCAAGUGCCUCUAUGACAUCCUCCACCGCGAGGAGCUCUACAUCUCCAAUGCGGCGGACAAGAGGCCCGAUUCAGUUCGCGGAUGGACUGACAAGGGCCGAAGGCCGCUGCAGCUAUGGUUGCUGCCGCCGCAACCUUGCCUUCCACCGGCGCUUGCGUUUGACUUGAACCCGGCCCUCGUGGUGUACCGCCUGGUCGCCGAGACCUAUGUCGACGCCGGCCCCUACAUCUUCCUGAUCCUGCUCGACGCUGCCACCCAGACGGAGGAACCUUUCGUGUACACCGAGGAGACCCAGACUUCUCUUCACCUCGAUCUGGCCGCGGUCCGUGACUACAACCGCCGGCCUGCUGCGGCCGUCCAAGCUCAACAACGCUUGAUUGACUACCACACCGCCAACCGGCUGAGCUAUCACCACGCCGGCGACACCACGCCGGUGACCUCUACUUCACGCCCCAUGGACGAGUUUGGCACGUGA